AUGCUCAGGUCCAAGAUCCCAAACAUAAGCACUUUAUUUAGAAGAACCCCGGUAAUACGGCGUGGUAUUGCCUCAAAUCACAAGGAAAAACCAGUUGAAAAAACAUUACAACAACGUAUAAAUGAAAUACCCAUUGAAAAUUAUAGAAAUUUCUCCAUUGUGGCACAUGUUGAUCAUGGGAAGUCUACAUUAAGUGAUAGAUUAUUAGAAAUGACUGGUGUUGUGAAACCGGGGCAAAAACAAGUGUUGGAUAAAUUAGAUGUUGAAAGGGAAAGAGGUAUUACUGUGAAAGCUCAAACUUGUACAAUGUUUUAUAAUUAUAAAGGGAAGGAUUAUUUAUUGCAUCUUGUGGAUACACCUGGUCAUGUUGAUUUUAGAGCUGAAGUCUCAAGAAGUUAUGCCUCAUGUGGUGGUGCCUUAUUAUUAGUUGAUGCUUCACAAGGUGUUCAAGCUCAAACUGUUGCAAAUUUUUAUUUGGCUUAUAGUAUGAAUUUACAAUUAAUUCCAGUUAUAAAUAAAAUUGAUUUGGAUAAUGCAGAUAUACCAAGAGCUUUGGAUCAAGUGGAAAAUACAUUUGAAUUGUUAGCUGAUGAAACUAUUCAAGUAUCUGCUAAAACUGGUAAAAAUGUUGAACAAAUCUUACCUGCAAUUAUUGAAAGAAUUCCACCACCAGUUGGGAAAUUAGAACUGCCAUUAAGAGCUUUAUUAGUUGAUUCUUGGUAUGAUACUUAUCUUGGUGUUGUUUGUUUGGUUCAUGUUGUUGAUGGGACUAUUAAAAAGGGUUCCAAAGUUAUGUCACCACAUUCUGGUAAAAAAUAUGAUUGUAAAGAAGUUGGUAUAAUGUAUCCUAAUAAAAUCCAAACUACAACUUUAAGUGCUGGACAAGUUGGUUAUAUUGUCCCAGGGAUGAAAGAUUCAUCUGAAGCCAUGAUUGGUGAUACAUUUAUGAAUGUUUCAGAUCCUGUUGAACCAUUACCAGGUUUUGAAGAACCAAAACCAAUGGUUUUCGUUGGUGCUUUCCCUGCAGAUCAUACAGAAUUUGAUGCAUUUGAUGAUCAUAUGCAACAUUUAGUAUUGAAUGAUCGUUCAGUUACACUACAAAGAGAAACAUCGAAUGCUUUAGGUCAAGGCUGGAGAUUAGGAUUUUUAGGUUCAUUACAUGCUUCAGUUUUCAAAGAAAGAUUAGAAAAUGAAUAUGGUGCUUCAUUAAUCUUAACAUCACCAACCGUGCCUUAUAAAGUUGUUCAUAAAGAUGGUAACGAGGAGAUUGUUACAAAUCCAGAUGAUUUCCCUGAUGUCUUGAGUAAAAGAUUUGCAGUUUCACGUUUAGAAGAACCUUAUGUUGAAGCUAUAAUGACAUUCCCUCAAGAAUAUUUAGGUACAGUGAUUAAACUUUGUGAUGGUAAUAGAGGUAUCCAAAAGGAAAUUUCAUUUUUAACAACUGGUCAAGUCUUAUUAACUUAUGAUUUACCUUUAGCACAUUUAGUUGAUGAUUUUUUCGGGAAAUUAAAAUCUUCAACAAGAGGUUAUGCAUCUUUAGAUUAUGAAGAUAGUGGAUAUAGAGAAUCCGAUAUUGUUAAAUUAGAAUUAUUAGUCAAUGGUAAAGGUGUUGAUGCCCUGGCACAAGUUAUGCAUAGAUCACAAACAGAAUCAGUUGGUAGAGCAUGGUGUAAAAAAUUUAGAGAACAUGUUAAAAAUCAAAUGUUUGAAGUUGCCAUCCAAGCUAAAGCAGCUGGUAAGAUCAUUGCAAGAGAAACUAUCAAAGCGAAAAGAAAAGAUGUCCUACAAAAAUUACAUGCCUCUGAUAUUUCAAGAAGAAAGAAAUUAUUGGUGAAUCAAAAAGAAGGUAAAAAGAGAAUGAGAGCCGUGGGUAAUGUCUCUAUAAACUCGGAUGCCUACCAAUCCUUCCUACGUCGUUGA